CCUAUUUCAUUCCUACCUGUUCCACUGUUAAAUAGCGGCCCAAAUUGGUUGGGCGCUAUCCUGGUAAUUUCUCUGCGUGAGAAAUACGAAGUGUGGCGUGAGAGCCUGUGCUUGGGUUGAAUUGCGUGUGUCUCACGCCGAAUGCGUGAGACUUGAGAGCCCUGCAGACACACCAUGGGCUAAGAAACAGCUCGCCAACUCGCUUACAGUACAUCGGUGGCCAGGAGCUGCCGUUGAAUAACCCCGUUGUACUCUGCGCUCUCUGGACACUCCCACCACUAACCAAGGCGUCACCUACCUGUGGCCCGGUCAUCGCAGAGAGCCAGUUGUCCGCCGGAACCGACUGAAGGAGCUGUGCGUCUUUACGCGAUAACGGAUAGACGGUGGUCUUGUUUUUGGUUUUGAAGCAUGGCGCGUCUGGGUCCUCUGGUGCCGCUGGUUCCUCUGGUGCGCCUCGGCCUCCUUUUAUGUCUACUGCCCGGGGUCCGGGGCUACAGCUCAGGGAUGGUCGCUCCUGCGUGCAGCAAUAUGGUACCAAGUCACACGGGGUCUCCACAAACCGGUCCGUCUCCCUUUUACGUUACCAGUAGCCACACAACUUAUCAAGAUGGCGACACGAUCACAGUCCAGCUGCAGAGCACAGGUGCGACCCCGUUCAAGGGUUUCCUGUUACAGGCCCGAGAGGUGGGUGGGGAGACCCCCCUGGGGUCCUUCACGGUGGCAGGUGGAGCCGCUCAGACCCUCUCCUGUGGCUUAAAGUCACCUAACUCGGCAGUGUCUCACACCUCGUCAUCAGAUAAGAACCUCAUCUCGGCCACAUGGACCGCGGCCGCGUCCGAGAACCCCAAAGACAUUGAGUUCCGUGCCACCUUUGUGGAGAGCUAUUCCAGGUUUUGGGUGAGCGUGAGGAGUCCCAUACUGAUCUACAGCGGGGCGUCCCCCAACAUCACGCCCACCGCCGAGGUCACCACGGCCUCCGUCUCCUCUGGAUCCUCUACUCCUUCCACGCUGAGCAUCUCUAGAACUGGAUGCGGCCGUACCAAAGUCUGCUUCAGCGAGCCCCGGAACUGCGACCCGGCUAUGGACACCGGGUGCCACUUCAUGUCGGCCUCAGUCAGCGGUCUUAAGGCUGAGGCGGAGGCUGAGGCCCACUUUGAGCUGAAGGGUCGUGGCCCAGGAUACGUCUCCUUUGGCUUCUCUCAGGACCAGAAUAUGGGAAAUGAUGACAUCUAUAUCUGUGGCCUGGACGCGCGGGGCCUGGUCCGGGUGCAGCAUGCCUAUUCAACGGGACGCCAGAAACCAAAGACCCUUGAUCUGGGAAACGUGUCCAGGGUGCUGGGCUCCCUUCAGGACGGGGUUAUCAGCUGCUCCUUCACCUCCAUCAAUCCCAUCUCCACUCAGGAGGGCCAGACUGGCUUUGAUGUGCCUUACUACCUGUUGUUCGCCUACGGAUCCUCCACCGAUGGAGAGAUCGGCUAUCACAGCGGGCGGUUCAGCAGCAGUGAGAAGCUGACCAUCUCAGAAUAUAAGCAGGUGGGCGCGGCCGGGUCACCUCAGAGCAUCAGGGCACACGGGGCUCUCAUGCUGAUUGCGUGGAUGACCACGGCGUCUCUGGGUAUGAUGGUGGCCAGAUACCUCAAAGGUUUGGCCAAGUCUCACAGUCCCUUCGGCAAAGCGGUCUGGUUUCUGGCCCAUGUCUCUCUGAUGAGCCUCACCGUGAUACUUACCCUGAUUGCCUUCAUCGUGAUCUUCUCCUAUGUCAGGGGCUGGAGUGGAGGAGCGCAUCCUGUCUUAGGAUGCCUCGUUACCAUCCUCGCAAUCAUCCAGCCACUAGGGGCGCUGUUCCGAUGUGGACCAGAUCAUCACAUGCGAUACGUGUUCAACUGGCUCCACAUGCUCAAUGCACUCGUUAUGAAAGUCCUCGCAGUGGCGGCCAUCUUCACCGGCCUGCUGAUGUUCGACCGCUCUGAGGACCAGGCGCUGGUGAAGGUGAUGGGGGGCUUCGUGGGCUGGGAGGCGGCCCUCUACCUGAGCUACGAGCUGUACAGCCGCUGCCGACAACCAGGAUUUGACAUUGAUGGACCAAAAGCGCAAACCCUCCCCUUGAGCCUGCUGGUCGUGUUCUUCUUGGGGAACUUGGCCUUUCUGGUGAGACUGCUGGUUGGAAUAUCAGAGGGGUGAAGAACCGAGGGCGAGGACUAUCUGGAUGUUUGUAAAGAGGAGUUAUUUUAAUUAACGCAGCCAGCACAUCACAGCUCGCUACACCUGAAGCA